AUGGUGACCGCAAUCGCAACAAGCAAGCCGUGGCUCGUCCAGAAAUAUGGCGGCACCAGUCUCGGCAAGCUGCUCGACACCAUCUGCAGCACCAUCAUACCGCAGUACAGCCGCGACCAUGACCUGAUAGUGGUGUGCUCUGCGCUCUCCGGGACGCUGAAGGCGAGCGGCACGACCAGUCUGCUGCUGAAGUGCAUAUCGCUUGCCGAGCUGGGCCUGGAUGCCCAGCAGCAGUUGAUAGACUUGGUUGACCUGAUCAGAGAUACGCACUUGAGUUUGUUGGAUACGUUUUUGGGCUCAUCCAAACAGGCUGCUUCUUUCCAGAUAUACGAUGAGACGAAGGUGGGGGUUGUGAAGGAAUGUGAGAACCUGAAGCGGUUUUUGCUUGCUGCACAAGUGGUAGGUGAACUAUCACCAAGAUCGAAAGACAGGGUCAUCUCCCUAGGCGAAAAGCUGGCUUGUAUGAUUGUUGCUGCUUGUCUGAACAGCAUGGGUACACCCGCAAAAGCAGUCUUUUUGGACAAUGUGGUUGCGUCAGCCUUUGGACCCUCAGUCCAUAAUCAAGUGGCAGCUCUCGAGCGAUUGGGAUCAAAAUUCUAUCAUGUGGUCGCUGACGAGAUUGCUGGGCGUAUCCGAGACUGCGGACGAGCUAUACCUAUCGUCACUGGGUUCUUCGGAAUAAUGCCAGAUUCACUGCUGCAGACAGUCGGGCGCGGAUACUCUGACCUCUGUGCAGCAAUGUGUGCGGUAGCCGUUGGGGCGGAAGAGCUUCAGAUCUGGAAAGAGGUGGACGGCAUAUUCACAGCUGAUCCCCGGAAGGUCCCUUCAGCACGACUCCUGUCUACAGUCACGGCUGAGGAGGCCACGGAACUGACUUACUACGGGAGCGAGGUUAUUCAUCCACUUACGAUGGAUCAAAUUCGAGAAGCGAGCAUACCGUUGCGCCUGAAGAACGUCUUCAAGCCAUCUGGCCACGGCACGAUCAUCUACCCGACAGCAAGCCCUUCCACCCCAGGCACACCAGUCAAUGGCCGGCCCAGCGCCGAGAGAUCGCGGUCUUCGACGCCGCUGCCUGGUUUCAUGCUCGAGAACGGGUACCACGGUGCCAAGCAAGAACGCAGGAAGCCAACCGCUGUCACGGUCAAGGACGACAUUAUCCUCAUCAACGUGGUCUGCAACAGAAACACCAAGUCGCAAGGAUUCCUGAGCCAGGUCUUUGAGCGUCUCGAGAGGAACAAGAUCCCCGCCGACCUGGUGGCGACGAGCGAGAGGCACGUCAGCCUCGCAGUGCAGUCGCCGGGCGAUUCGGGUGCGCUGUUGCGACUCAAGGAGGAAUUCGAGAGCUUUGGCCAGGUCGCCAUUACGCAGAAUAUGUCCAUCGUGACAGUCGUUGGGCACAGGAUGCGGAAUAUGGUUGGCGUGUCUAGCGAGACCCUAUCGGCAUUGGCCUCGGCCCAUAUCAACAUUUACCUGAUCAGCCAGGGGGCGAGUGAAAUCAACAUAUCUCUCGUUGUCAACGCCAAUGACGCGAUCGCGGCGAUGAACGCCAUCCAUAGAGACGUCCUGAAAAUCCCGACGCAUCGGGAGCAGGAGGAUCGCUUUAUCCCCGGACCGUGGCUGUAUUGA